CCAGGAUGCUUUGCAUAAAUGAGGGACUGUUCCAUAAACAGAAGCUCGAUUGUGCUUUGGUUUUCCAGUACACUGGGAUACUCCUUCUACUGGCAGACCCUUGUAUAGCUGCAGAGUUCCUCACGUCUUGUAACCCAUGCUGUUUCGGUCUUGGCUUGGUUGGUGGCUUAGCAGGUGGCCUCGUGUGUCUCGGAGGUGUCUUUAUUGUCUGGAAAUGUAAAAAAUCAGCAAUCAUGUUGUACAUAUCCUCAGCAAAAAAGAAGGGAUCGAGUGAAAAACAGCUGCAGAAACAAUCCCAGAACACACAAGAAGAACUGAACGCAUUGGCAGCAGCUAUUACUUCAACGAUGGAAGUGAAGCACGGACUGGAAACGCAAAGAGAGGAAUUAAGACUGCAGUUAGAAGAGAUAGCGAAAGAGAUGGGGGAGAACAAGGAGAAGCUUAAUUUAGUGGAGAAAGAAAUAGCAGAGAGUGAGAAAGCAAAGGCAACUGACAAAACAGAUGGAUACUUGAGAGAAAAACGAAAUCUAGUAGAGGCUCAGGAUAAACUGGAGAUGAGAAAGGACAAAGUAGAGAAACAGCAGUUGAACAUGGAGAAACUGAAGCACAAAACAGAGGGUAUAAUGGCAACAAUGACAGAAAGGAAGAGGAAAGCAGAGAACCAUUUAGAGCUGAUUAACUUGCAGCUGGAAGGGGUAGAAAGUGAUGACCUCAAUGCUCAUCUUCACCGAGAGUAGUAAGAAAGUUCACUUUUUGUUCUAUAAUAAGAUGUAAAGACUCAAUUCAUUAUGAACUCCUGUGCUGUGAAUACUAUUUCCUUUCUGACGGUUCAUCAUUUAAUACAAAGUGUCCCUCGUGGCCAUGAUGUCUAGAUACUAAACAUUAUUUCAUGAGUUUUAAGUAAUAAUGGUCCAACUUACAGAAAGAUUAACAUAUGUUUUGUAUUCAGUCAUCAUUUAUUUUAAUGGUCUCCUGGUUCUGGCUUUCCAUCCACCCCAACCACCUCCUUACUCAGUCUUUUCUGUUAAAUAUCACAUACCUACCUUUACCGUCAAAAACUACGCUGCAGGGCUUCCCCCAAUGCGUUGAACUAUGACAGUAAAGGGAUCCCCAGUGCGUCACAAACUGACGACUAACGAA